AUGGCUGAUGUUAUUGACGAUGUUAUGUGGGAGUCGAGAGAAAAUGAUACAAACCUCAAUGAAGGAACCUUGAAUACAGGGGGUAGUGGUGUCGAUGAUGAUUUUGAAGAGUUGUUAGAGGCAGUCGAAACCAAGUUAUAUCCUGGUUGUACGUUUUCAUUUCUUGAUUUUUUAGCAAAGCUGAUGCAUAUGAAGGUCAACAACAAAUGGACUGAUAGUUCAUUUGAUCAACUCCUUGAGUUGUUGUAUUCGGCAUUUCCACCAGACAACAAGGUUCCCCAUUCAUACUAUUUAGCAAAAAAGAAACUGAAGAAGUUAGGUUUGGGGUACGAGUCAAUUCAUGUGUGCAAAAAUGAAUGUUUUCUCUUCCAGAAGGAACACAAGUCAUUGCAAGUUUGUCCUGUUUGUAAAGAGAGUCGGUGGAUUGAUAAAAACACCAGGGGUAAGAAAGUGGCUCAUAAGGUGUUACGUACUGGGAGAUCAGAAGAUGGUGUGAUGCGUCAUCCCGUUGAUGGAGAGUGUUGGCAACAAUUUGAUGUAGAUUACCCUGACUUCUCGAGUGAACCUCGCAACGUACGUGUAGGGCUGGCAGCUGAUGGCUUUAAUCUAUUUGGUAACAUGUGUAAUCUGCAUAGUACGUGGCCGGUUGUACUCACCACAUACAAUUUGCCACCAUGGCUUUGUAUGAAAGAGUCAUCAUUCAUGUUGGCCUUGUUGAUUCCCGGCCCUAAAGCACCUGGAAAGGACAUAGAUGUUUUCCUUAGGCCGUUAGUGGAAGAGUUUAAGUUUUUAUGGCAAUCAGGCAUACGUAUUAAAGACGCAGCGAGAAACACAUUCUUCACGAUGAAAGCUAUGUUGUUAUGGACAAUAAAUGACUUUCCAUCUCGUAGUAGUUUAUCGGGCUUGAGCGGACAAGGGUAUAGAGCAUGCCCGACUUACAAUGAAGACACUCCUUCGUACCGUGCAGUAAAUAAAGUCGUUUAUAUCGGUCAUCGUCGGUUCUUAGAUGUUGAUGAUCCAUUAAGGACGAGUUUGAAAUUUAACGGGCAACCUGAGACACGACCCACUCCAAGACACUUUACUAAUGAAGACAUACAAGAGCAACUAGGUCAUCUAAUACUUCAUAAACCAGGUGAGAGUCUUUUGGGUACUUCUAUGAUGAAUGAUAAGAGUAAAGACACAUCAAAUACAUGUAAGGACUUGAAAAAUCUGAAUAUCCGGCGUAAUCAAUGGUUGCAAAAAAGGGGUAACAAGUUCACUAGACCACAUGCAAGCUACUCAUUCAAGAAACCUGACCGCAAAAUCUUUUGUCAAUUUAUAAGAGAUGUUAAAUUUCCUGAUGGGUUUGGAUCUAAUAUCAGUAAGAAAGUGGUAGAUAAUGAUACUAACAUUAUUGGGUUGAAAUCUUAUGACUAUCACAUUCUUAUGCAACGUUUGGUACCGAUUGGAGUUAGAGCGUUAUUGGACAAAGAAACUUCUAUACUAAUUGUAGAUCUUUGUAUGUUUUUCAAGCAAAUUUGCUCCAGAACACUAAAGGUGGAGGAUAUGAGGAAAGCAAAAGAAGACAUUAUUAGAAUCUUGUGCAAGUUAGAGUUGAUUUAUCCUCCAGCGUUUUUCGACAUUAUGAUUCAUUUAGUUUUGCAUUUACCUGAUGAAGCGAUUGCCGGAGGCCCGGUAUGUAUGAGAUGGAUGUAUCCGUUCGAAAGGUAUAUGAAAAAACUAAAGAAUUAUGUCAUAAAUAAGGGGAGGCCGGAAGGUUGUAUAGCUGAAGGUUAUAUUGCUGAAGAAGCUUUAACAUUUUGUACGAUGUACCUUCGAGAUGUUAAUCGCCUUGAAAGAAACGAAGACGUUGUCAUUGAAAAAACAAAGUUUUGGAUGUUUGAGUCCAAGUGUCGACCGACGAGCGCAACGCAAAUCAAACAUCUUGAUAUAAGGGAGAAAUGUAAUAUAGAAUGGUUUAUACUGAAUAGUUGUCAAGAAGUCAGACAAUAUAUCGAGUAA